AUGCCUUUUUUACGGGUUAUUUUAUUAAUGUGUGGCGUUGCACUCGCUUCUACAAAUGAAAUUGAGUUACCGGCAAAGUUCGUAACAAGCAGCUCGCACACGAACAAUUGGGCCGUGCUGGUGGACACGUCUCGGUUCUGGUUCAACUAUCGGCACAUCGCUAACGUCCUGUCCGUGUAUCGUUCGGUGAAACGAUUGGGCAUUCCAGACAGCCAGAUACUGCUCAUGGUAGCGGAUGAUAUGGCGUGCAACGCACGUAAUCCACGCCCUGCCACGGUUUUCAACAACGCGAAACAACACAUCAACGUGUACGGUUCGGAUGUUGAGGUCGACUACCGUGGGUACGAGGUGACGGUGGAAAAUUUUGUACGACUACUUACGGGUCGUAACGAAAAUGGAACCGCUCGCUCCAAGCGAUUGCUGUCGGAUUCGGGGAGUAACGUGCUGAUAUACUUAACCGGUCACGGUGGAGACGGAUUUCUCAAGUUUCAGGACUCGGAAGAGAUCACUAACCAAGAGCUGGCAGAUGCCAUUGAGCAGAUGUGGCAAAAGCAACGGUACAAUGAGCUGUUCUUCAUGAUCGACACAUGCCAAGCCGCCUCCAUGUAUGAAAAGUUUUACUCACCGAACAUACUUGCCGUAGCGAGCAGUUUAGUGGGCGAAGAUUCACUGUCCCACCAUAUCGAUCCUGCCAUUGGGGUGUACAUCAUCGACCGCUACACGUACAAUGCGCUUGAGUUUCUGGAGCGGGUCGAAUGGAACAGUAAAAAAACAAUGGGAGAUUUUCUUGCUGUUUGUCCCAAACGUGCGUGCAUUUCAACAGUAGGUGUCAGGAAGGAUCUUUAUCCGAAAGAUCCCUUCAAGGUUCCUAUAACGGAUUUCUUCGGCUCUAUCCGGCCAACCGAAAUAUCCUCCGAUGUAGUCAACGUGACGCUUUCAACCAUUCCAGUAGUAUUAUCAUCACCAAAGCCCAUCAGUAAGCCAAAUGCUCAACUGUUUUACGAACAGUUUCCUACCAAACUGUUCCCCCGGUCUUAG